UGUGUGUUUUUUAUGACCCGCUCCAGAAGCCCACCCCCUGGCAGGGUUCGUCGUGGGGGCAUAAUGUGGGUCCGGGAGGGGGUCUGGGACGUGUAAAAGCCGCUGUGGACAGGAUGUGUCAGUUCGUCUCGACUAACAUCAGGCAGCUUGGAAGUCUUAGUCGCUCUUUUUAAAACACUGGGGUCCUCGCAUCGACCACUUCCAACAUGGAUGACGACUAAUUUUCAAAUAGUUCACAACGUUUUACGACUAAAAAUCAAACGAUGCCUCACAUCUGCAUCCUCCUGCUGGUCGUGUCGGUGGUGGCCGAGCCUCUGAACAGCUUUGAGGGAGGAGAUGAAAAUGAAGUCCUUAAAAACACAGAACCGAACCUCAUGAAGAUUCAGGACCAGUUGACUAAAAACCUCAUUGGAAAUCUCAGUGAGCCUGCAUCAACUCACACACCUACUACAGUGGCUUCUUUCAGUAGGACAGGCGUUAGCCAAGUGUCCACUGCAGCCGCUGUCCAGGCCUCCACUCUUGCUACUCUGUGUCCCGGCAACCAGGUGAGGCUGGAGGGCAGCUUGGAGUGCAGCUGUCCAUCAUCCAACAUGCUGAAAGACGGCGACGUCUGCACCUGCCCCGCUGGCUUCAUUGUGGAGAGAGCAGCAGGAUGUAAAGACAUUGAUGAGUGUGCAGAAGAGGCACCCUGCGGUGCUCACGCCAACUGCACCAACUCCCUCGGCUCAUACUCGUGUAGCUGUCGCCAUGGUUACCUGACGGGCGCUGGAGGGUGCCAGGAUGUAGACGAGUGCGCUCUGGCUGCAGUGACGGGCCUGCAGGCCUGUAAGGGCAAUGCGGAGUGCACAAACACCCUUGGCUCCUUCACUUGCUCCUGCCCUGUGGGAUAUGUCAUGGCUCUGGAUGGACAAAACUGUGAAGACGUGGACGAGUGCAGCUUCGAGGAGCUGUGUCGCCGUGAGCUGGGAAACGUAUGCCUGAACACCCCUGGUAGUUUUGUGUGUCAGUGCCUGCCUGGCUUCACAGCAGAGGCCCCAGUCUGUGUUGGUGCUGUGUGUCCAAACUUCACCGUGUGUCAAGAUGUGAACGAAUGCUCAGAGAGUCCUGCAGUGUGUGAGGGUCAGGGGGUGUGUGAGAACACACACGGGAGCUACAAGUGUGUGUGCCCACCAGGUUACCGUGGAAAUGGCACACACUGUGAAGAUACGAACGAGUGUGCGUCUGGUGAUCAUGGCUGCGAUGUCAACGCUCGGUGUGGUAACAUCAUUGGCUCCUAUUUCUGCCAGUGCUACCAGGGCUUCAAUGGAGAUGGACACACUUGUUUUGAUAUUGACGAGUGUGCUGUGAAUAACGGACACUGCGACCAUAACUGUACCAAUGAACCAGGAGGGUACAGCUGCCAGUGUGCCUCUGGCUAUCAGCUAAGCCUGGAUGGACAUAAAUGCACAGACAUAAACGAGUGUUUGCUCCUGAACGGAAGCUGUGCGCACCUCUGUGUCAACAUUCCGGGAUCUUUCCAGUGCUCCUGCAGGCCGGGCUACCAGCUCCACAUUGAUGGCCACACGUGCGUGGACGUUGACGAAUGUAAACUCCAGAACGGCGGCUGCUCGCACGCCUGCACCAAUUCCCCAGGGGGGCACAGCUGCCACUGCCCUCUUCCUCUGCUGCUAAACACCGACAACCUCACCUGCAGCAACAUUACAUCUUGUAAGCUGAGAAACGGCGGUUGUGAGCACACGUGCAUCACCGGGGCUGAGGGCCGUGUCCAGUGUAGCUGCCAUGCUGGGUGGAAGCUGAGCGAAGACCUGAGGAGCUGCAUGGAUGUGGACGAGUGCGGGGACUUUACAAAUGGAGGCUGUGAGCAGCUCUGUAAGAACCACCCGGGUACAUUCAACUGUACCUGCAAGGAAGGCUAUCAGGUACAAACAGACGACCCUACCAAGUGCCAGCCUGUGUGUGACCCCCCCUGUCGGAACUAUGGAGUGUGCGUGGCGCCAAACAGCUGUGACUGUCCUCCAGGAUACCCUGGCCUUGGCUGCUCAGCCAUGUGCUCCCCACCUUGUGCGCACGGAGGUACAUGUAUGCGCUGGAACAAGUGCUUGUGUCCUCCUGGCUGGACUGGAGAAGGCUGCCAUACAGCUGUGUGCGAGCUGCCGUGUGCUAACAGUGGUCGCUGUGUUGGCCCUGAUACCUGCCAGUGUCCCUCUGAUUACACGGGCCCCCAGUGCCUCCUGCCUUUGUGCACACCUGCCUGUCAAAAUGGCGGUAGAUGUGUAGACGUCAACAAAUGCACGUGUGUCAGCGGAUGGCAUGGAGCUCGUUGCCAGAUAGAGCCUGUUCAGUGUCAGAAACCAUGUCAAAACAGUGGCGUGUGUGAAGGUUUCAACAGGUGUCGCUGUCCCAAAGGGUUCACUGGUAGUCUCUGUGAAACAGCUGUGGCCACCCCCUGUGUGCCUCCCUGCCAGCAUGGCGCCACCUGCAGUCCUCACAACACUUGCACCUGUCCAGAAGGUACAGCGGGCCUGCGCUGCGAGAGACUGACUUGCCCUGUGGUCACCACUGUGGUCAGCAUGGCUCGAGCGGUGAGAAAGGCCUUUAGGGGGAGUUACGUUGAUCGUUGUGGACCCUUGGGGAUCCAGCUUUGCACCAAAUACAGGAUGAACCAAGCACGCGUGUACCUGCAAGCCUACAGGGUGGGCUACAAAAUCCAGUGCCCAGAGAAGCGAGGCAGAUGAAGCGCUGUUCAAUAAACACCCCUUACACAGUAUUUCAAUCGAUGUUGAAGCAGCUUUCAGCGUUGUCAACGGGACAGCAUGUAGCUUCAUCUUUAAAGCCAAAGUGAUGAUGAUCUUUUAUUACUUUUUUUUUUGCAAUAUCAUUCAUUGUUUUUAUAUCUCAACAUAUUUCUAUUAAAAAUAAA